CGGGAAGCUGCCGGCGGCUGGGUGCGAGUCAGAGAGAGAGACAGAGAGCGAGACAGGGGGGAGGGAGGAGUGAAACCGAAUGAGGAUCGGGGGGGAAGCUGCAGCUCAAUUCUGCGUUUCUGUCCGCCGUGCUAAAAAAAGAAUAGGGGGGGAAAAGCGACAGCUUUCGCCCACCUGCAUCGCGUUGUCUGACAUGUAAAGCCCCGUGUUUGGCUGCUCCCUUACCGGAGGAACUUGGCCAGUGGCCGGAUCGUUGCGUUUCAUUGCGGGAAGGAAACUUCGGGUCUACGAUAAACACAUGAAGAUGCUGUACCCCCCAUUGCCUUGGAUCUCCUGAGUUUGGAGGAGUGUCCCGGGAAGUGACUGCUCCAAGCUGACAUCAGGUCCAUAUGGUUGUGCUGGUGUGCAACUUCUACCAUGCCUCCCGCCAUGACGGACACUCUGGACAUUUGGGCGGCCAACUCCCAGCUCUCCAACGAGGACUAUGUCGCCGUGGACUUCCUGCUCCCCACCGGCAUUUACAUCCAGAUGGAUGUGGCCCGGGAGGCAACCAUGCAGCACAUCAAACUGUCACUAUGGAAAGAAGCGCAGCGGCACCCCCUGUUCAGCUUCCUGGGGGACAUGGAGUCUCACAUGUUCGAGUGCGUGAACCAGUCAGCGGUGCAUGAGGAACUGGAGGAUGAGACCCAGCGCCUCUGCGACGUGCGACCCUUCCUGCCUGUGCUGCGGCUCGUUCCUCGCAACUGCGGCCGCGCCGAGCGCCUCGACUCCAAGAUCGGCGUGCUCAUCGGCAAAGGUCUCCAUGAGCUCGAUGCUCUCCAGGAUCAGGAAGUGAAGGACUUCCGCUCCAAGAUGUUCCGUAUCAGCGAGGAGAAGAUGCAGCGUGUGCAGAUGAUGACCUGGAUGGAGUGGCUGGAGAGCUGCUUCUCGCCACAGGUGGAGGUGGGAGCCAUUGACGGCCUGCAGGAGAAGCUGUUCGAGGGGGCCCUCAAGGUCACCAUGCACUUCAGCCAGUCCCAGGACACAGCCAGCCUGAAGGUGUCCCCGGGCAUCACCCCCCGUGAGCUAACGGAGCAGGCCCUCAGGAAGUGGCUGACCACCCACAGCAGCUCGGAGGAGGUGCAGGAGGAGGUGCGCUGGGAUGACUAUGUGCUCCGCAUCAGUGGGAAACUGGAGUUUCUCACUGGAGAGCACUCCCUCAUCCACUUCAAGUAUAUUCGGACCUGUGUCAUGGCCAUGGAGAGCCCCCACCUGACCGUGGUACACUGCAGCGCCAUCCAAGUCAUGUUUGAGAAGGAGAUCACCGCCAUCGGCGCCGUGGUCAACCGCAAGAUAUCCAACCCCCCGGUGCCUCUGCCGCCCAAGCGGCGGGGCCCCUCAAUGCACACGUGUGUCUGGGACAUCCACACCCCAUUUAGGAUCACGUUGGUCAAAGGAGCCAAGGUUAACGCUGAGGAGACGACCAAGGUCCAGGUGCGGGCGGGGCUCUUCCACGGCACGGAGCUGCUGUGUAAGCCCGCCGUGAGCUCGGAGACCAACAGCCGCAGUGAGCACACAUGGGGCCAAUCGCUGGACUUCGACAUCACCGCCGGCGACCUCCCGCGCAUGGCCCGCCUCUGCUUUGCCAUCUACGCCGUCAUGGACAAGGUCAAGAAGCAGAAGUCCACCAAGAGCCCCCACAUCAACAAGUACCAGACCAUCCGCAAGGCCGGGAAAGUGCACUACCCGAUAGCCUGGGUCAACACCAUGGUGUUUGACUACAGAGGACACCUGAAAACCGGUGAAGUCGUCCUCCAUUGCUGGUCCUCCUUCCCUGAUGAACUUGAAGAGAUGCUGAACCCAAUAGGCACGAUCCAGACCAACCCAUACACAGAGAACGCCACUGCAUUGCAUGUACAGUUCCCAGAGUACCACGCCUGCCCCAUUGUCUUCCCUGCGUUCGAUAAGAUCCUGGAGAAGGCGGCUGAGAUCGCCCGUGGCAGUGACUGCAUGCCCAUGGUGGGCCGGGGAGGCAAGAAGUUCCACAGUGAGCUGAAGGAGAUCAUGGAGAGGGACCCCCUCUCGCAGCUUUAUGAGAACGAGAAGGAUCUCAUCUGGACACUACGAUACGACUGCAGGGAGAACUUCCCCCAAUCGCUGCCCAAGCUCCUGCUGUCGGUGAAGUGGAGCAAGCAUGAGGACAUGGCGCAGCUCCAGGCCCUGCUGCAGAUCUGGCCGAAACUGAGUCCACGGGACGCCCUGGAGUUGCUGGAUUUCAACUACCCGGACCAGUAUGUGCGGGAAUACGCUGUGCGCUGCCUGUGCGAGAUGAGCGACGACGAGCUGUCGCAAUACCUGCUGCAGCUGGUGCAGGUGCUGCGGUACGAGCCGUACUACGACUGUGCGCUGUCGCGCUUCCUGCUGGAGCGCGCCCAGGCCAAUCGCAACAUCGGCCACUUCCUCUUCUGGCAUCUAAGGUCAGAGAUGCACAUGCCAGCUGUGUCUGUGCAGUUCGCUCUGAUUCUCGAAGCCUACUGCCGAGGCAGCAUCCCUCACAUCGAGAUCCUGAAAAAGCAGGUGGAGGCCCUGAACAAACUGAAGGCUGUGAAUGAGCUCAUCAAGCUGGGCACCAUCAAGAACGUGCGCAAAGCCAAGGAGGCCAUGCUGAGCAAGGAGGCUAUGCUGACAUGCCUGCGGCAGACGGGCUACGCGGAGACGCUGUCGGACCUGCAGUCGCCCCUCAACCCCCAAGUGCUCCUGUCCGGGAUCAGUGUUGAAAAGUGCCGCUACAUGGACUCCAAGAUGAAACCACUGUGGAUUGUCUACAACAACAAGCUUCUGGAUGGAGACACGCUGGGAAUCAUCUACAAAAAUGGGGAUGACCUGCGGCAGGACAUGCUCACCCUUCAGAUUCUGCGCCUGAUGGACCUUCUCUGGAAGGAGGCCAACCUGGACCUCAGAAUCGUGCCUUACGGUUGCCUAGCGACAGGCGACCGCUCCGGGCUGAUCGAGGUAGUGUCGGCCGCAGAGACGAUCGCGAACAUCCAGCUGACCAACAGCAACGUGGCGGCAGCAGCGGCCUUCAACAAGGACGCGCUGCUCAACUGGCUUAAGGAGAAGAAUUCCGGGGAUGCCCUCGAUCGUGCCAUAGAGGAGUUCACCUUGUCCUGUGCUGGUUACUGCGUGGCCACAUACGUGCUGGGCAUCGGUGACCGGCAUAGCGACAACAUCAUGGUACGCAGCACAGGCCAGCUCUUUCACAUCGAUUUUGGACACAUCCUUGGGAACUUUAAGUCAAAGUUCGGGAUCAAGAGGGAGCGCGUUCCAUUCAUCCUCACUCACGACUUCAUCCAUGUCAUCCAGCAGGGCAAGACGGGCAACACAGAGAAGUUUGGCAGUUUCCGUCAGUAUUGUGAGGAAGCCUACCUGAUCUUGCGCAAGAAUGGGAACCUCUUCAUCACCCUGUUUGCGCUGAUGCUGACGGCCGGCUUACCUGAGCUGACCUCGGUGAAAGACAUCCAGUACUUGAAGGACUCGCUGGCGUUGGGGAAGACUGACGAGGAGGCCCUCAAACAGUUCCGACAGAAGUUCGACGAGGCUCUGAGGGAGAGCUGGACGACCAAGGUCAACUGGAUGGCCCACAACGUGGCACAUACGUGGUCCUAGUGAGUGUGGAUGAAGGGACCUGGAGAGUGGGGGCCCACACACCGGCAGGGGGGUGCCCCUGUUUUGUUGUCCUAAGAUACUCUGCUUCCUGACGAAACAACAUGACCAAUAUAUUUUUUUCUUUUGCUGUGACAUAUCUGUAUAUAGUGAGUAAUCAAUAUUGAACAAGUUGCUGAUUUUGCACGGUGGGGGGGGGGGCUGCUAGUACUCAUGGUCAUGUUUGAGAGGCAUGCCUGUAGUGGGUGGGGCUGAGUGAAAGCCCCCCACCUGCACCAGGAGGUGAGCUACACUGUAUCCAUACGCCUCUUUGGAUGUCAGGCUUUGUUUGAUCUUGAGCUGGAGUGAGGAACUGGAGGGGUAGUUUGUACACUGGAGGGCGCUGUGAUCGCCCCGAAGAGUUGCAACUGCACGGACUCAUUCACACCCUGAACUGGGAUGGGGGGGGGAGUGGGAUAGUCCCUCCUUCAACCAGCCACCCUCCCUCCAUCCACCACAGCACUGAUGGAUGUCACGCAGAUUGAGAGGAGAAAGCUACCAUUUCCUGCAUAAAACGACGCCAAAAUAUACAUGUGUGUGUUCUCACUGUUUCUAAUGGCGCCUCCUACUGGAUGACUAGGAAAAGGGGGGCUUUGGGUUAUGCUGAAGUUACGCGUGUGUGUGAGUAUUAAUGCUGCAUGUGCCUCAGUGAUGGGACAGUCCAGAGCUGAGGUCCGGGCUCAGAUUGACAGCACCAAUCGAACCACUAAACACUGGAAAAUUAAACCACGGAGACACUGGGAUUCUGACUCUAAGAAUAAGCCAGAGGAGUCUGAUUUUGAAUGGUUUUAUUUAACUUGUUUGUGUUACAAAUGAAGGCUUUGAACGAAAGCAUUUCCCUCUUUUGAAGACUGACGAGAAAUGUUGAAAAUUUGAGCUACAGGGCAGAUCUGCCGCUGUGAAGCCACUCGUCCCCCCUCGUCCCCCCCACCGCCCCAGUGCCUGAGGACCAUGGGGAGCAGACGACUAAUGGGUGUGGGGGGUGCGGGCUGGGGGGCGUGGCCUGAGGCUGUCGCGUGGGGCCUCCUCCAUCACCGUGAGCCUGUCGUCACCAUCAGGAAACACUCAACACCCAGAGCUAUGCUUGGGCAUGUGAUGUAACUGAAAAUGGCACAAGAACUCUGACCUGGGACCAGGGACCAACGUUCACACUUUGUCAUUCUCUUGUUUUUUUUCUCUCAAAGGGGAAUGUGUGUCUUAAUAUGUGGAAAAAUGAGUUUUGUUUUUUAAAAUCCGCAGAUGUGGGCAGAGUUUGUUCUUUUUAACUGCCUGACAGAGCAUUAAGUCUUUUUACUUUGAAUGUUUUUUUGUUUCAAAGCUACGUUUUUAAGGUGCUCUCCCAACAUCUGCGUCUGACUUUGUGCAAUAUCCUUAAACACGUAUGAACCUGCAGAUUGCGAGUCUCCCUGUAUUGUGUUUUUAAUGCCUUUUUAUUUGCCGUUGCUGCACCUGUAGCCUUGGAUUCUUUUAGACACUGAAUAUUUCUGAAUGUACAGGUUUUGUUCUGUAGAUGUUUCCUCCCCUCCCAAUGGACUUAAAAUUAUAGGAAUUAAAGUUAUUUUACGUCUAA